ACUAGUUAACCAAAACAAAUCACUGAAAAAUAAUAUUUUUCUGCAAAGUUUUUUAUAAAAUUAUCCAAAAAGCAAAAAGAUUACAAAUAAUGUCAGAUUCCGAGGAAGACAUCAAAGAUUCAUCUUCAGAUGAGGAGGCAGAGGAAACAAAAGAUGACAGUGAUCCUGAAAAGGAAGCAAUCAAAGAAGAGCUGAAAAACAUGCCUUUUGAGGAGCUAAUAAAGCUCAAGAAAAAAUUGGGAGCAAAGGUGUACAAUUCCACAGUUUUGGGCAUAAAUAAGAAGACAGAAUCCGUCAAGAAAGAUUUUAAACGUGAAAAUAAGAAUAGACCAAGAGAAAUGAGUUUCCGGAAACCCAUUGUGGAGAGGCAAAGGAAAAAGAGCGAAAUAAUUCGUCCUAGAGAUCCUCGUUUUGAUGCAAAAUGCGGGGAAUUCAGCAGGAGUGAAUUCAAAAAAAGAUUCAGUUUUGUAGAUGAAAUGAGGAUGAAAGAAAUUGCAGAGCUAAAGGAAAGUUUGAAGAAAACAGAAGAUCCUGAGGAGAAGAAAAAGAUCAAGGGAUUAAUUCAGAGACUCGAUAAUCAAGUUCGCGAGGCAUCUAAAAUGAAGGAGAAAGAGGAGAGAGACAAAUCUGAAAUUCAAAAUAUCCAAAAGGCCAGAGACGAGGGAAAGACUCCAAUUUACACCAACAAGAAGCAACAAAAGCUGAAGAAUUUGGUUGAGCAAUACAAGGAUCUCAAACAAUCUGGGAAACUGCAGAAACACAUUGAGAAACGACGAAAGAAGAAUGCUUCUCGGGACAGGAAGAAAAUGAAUCGCAUCAAAUAAAUCCGUAAUAAUUUUUAUUCUAAUUAAAUUUAAUAUGACUGACUAUACAAAA